AUGAAGAACUUAAGGAAGCAGAAGACAUCGAGCAGGAGAAAGCAGAGGAAAGCACAUUUUGCCUGUAACGAUGGGGAGAAGAGAAUAAGGUCAUCGGCCCGUCUCUCAAGGGAAUUAAGGAAGAAGUAUGGGUUCAGGACAUUCCCGUUGAGGACCGGAGAUACUGUUGUUGUGAAGGGAGGUAAGUUUGAUGGAAAGGAGGGCACCAUCAGCAAGAUUAAUUACAGAGACUAUAAGGUGUAUGUCGAGGGAUGCUUUGUGACCAAAAACAAUGGGACAAAUGCACUGGUGCCUAUUUAUCCUUCUAGGCUAACCAUCACUAAUUUUUUCCUUGAAAAUGGUAGGGAGCAGCAAUUAGAAAGAAAGAAGGCGGCCAGAGAGAAGAACAUGGAGAUUCUUAGAAGUAAGCAAGAAGCAACUGCUAAUUAA